GUUGGUACUCUUGAGUUUGGAAUGCACUCCCAAGGGACAUAUGAUCUUUGGAACAACUGUUCGCAUCAGUUUGAACCAUUUUGUCUGGAGCUGAUGUUCUAAAUAUCCAAUGGGUGACCAGGCCAGAUAAGGUUGCAUGGUGACAGGAAUGGUUUCUUACUUGGGGAAUUACUAAGCAAAUCAGUCUUCACCAGAAAAAAAUGGCCUGAGUUUCCUGUAGAGCAGCGACUCAUGUCCAAACCACUUGGGGUGGUUCAAUCACCCUGUGCUAUGAGGAAAUAGCAGGGGAAAGGAGGAAGCAUCCACUCCUGUCAUCGGUGCCAAGGGCUUGGCUGUGCUGCUCACACCCCAAGAGCAACCGGGGAGGGCAAGACGUGUGUCUGAACCAAGAAGAUGAGGUCUCUGGUGGGAAUCCUGUUCCUGCUUUUCAUCCAAAGUCCAUGCUGCCUGGGCUGUGUUGUUCCCAGUGGCCAGCAAUGGUUGGUUACCGGACUUGAGAAUCAACUGAUGAACUCCAUUAAUCAUCUGUGCUCCCCCGAUCCUAGUGCCCUGAUUGCUUUGAAUCUGGCAAAGAACCAAGAUGUAUGUGUGCCAGGACAGCUUCUCCAGCAGAUCAAAGAUACAGCUGCACAAGAGAUGACCUCAGGCAAAGUAGCCCUUUAUGUCUUAGCUCUUCGAUCCUCCUGUGAGAAUCCUAGAGAAGUUGUUACACCAAAUGGGAAGAUCAACUUGGUUCAAAUUCUGGAGGAUAAAACUCGUGAAGAGACUGAAUCUUAUAAGAAAAGGAGUCCCAAGACAACGUUCUACCAAUUGGCACUGGAUGCUCUGGCCCUGUGUUUUGAGGAAAGCCCAGAUAUUGAAAACGUUGCUGGCAUCCUUGUCAAGGCAGCAAAUGACCUCCAACUGAGGGAGGAUUUCUCUGUAGAUACAGCAGCCAUGGUCAGUUUGGCACUGGUCUGUGUGUACGAUGACCCGUCCUCAAAUAAUCUUAGAGAAAAGAUUCCGAAGGUCCUGAAAUUGCUCAUAGAUCACAUCCUUGAGAAGCAGCAGGAAAAUGGCAUUAUUGGAAACAUCUAUAGCACUGGCCUAGCAAUCCAGGCCCUCAGUGUUACUUCUCAGUUCUGGUCCCAAGACAGAUGGAACUGCACCAAGACACUGAACAAGGCGCUGCAAGAGGCCUACCUGGGAGCCUUCAAUAACCCUAAUGCUAUUUCCCAGAUCCUGCCAUCUCUAGUGGGCAAAACGUACUUGGAUGUGAAGAAUCUUCAAUGCCUUCCAGUUAACCCCAUUAGAGUAAAUUACACCAUAAUCAAUCACUUGAUAGGACUCUACUUUGAACAUAGCAUCAUAGUAGAUGUGCCACCCUGCUCUGUACUGCUUGAUGUCCUGGAAGCAGCAAAACGUGAUGAACCAAGAGAAUUCAGCUUUAAAACUAAGGAAACCUGCUGGGGACCCAUGGUUAUCUCCAUCAAUGACAUUAAAGCAGACGAGAAUGAGAAGACCUACUGGCAAUUUUUAAGUGGGAAUAAACCUCUUGAUCAAGGUGUUGGCAGCUACAAGCCUUCAAAUAAUGAAAACAUUGUGGCCAUCUUUAGUAAAUACUGAGGAACCAGCUCUCCAAGGAAGAAGGACAAAUACACAGAAAUUUCUGUACUAAACCCCUGGGCUAAAGAAAUGUAGUAGAUAAAAUGCAGUAGCAUUUGAGAUUGUAUAUACAGUAUCUUGUAGCUAACAAAAGUGAACAAUAAAAUCAAGCAAUUAAGGUAACUAUAAAAAGUUGCUGGACUGAAA